UAAACCCGACAGAAGCACAAGAGAGAAAGUAACUCACUCUUCAACAAGAGAAAGACACGCCAAAAAAAACCCACUCUACUAGAAAAAAAGAGCAGGAAAGCAAGAGAAAGACAGAAAAAUGGAGUGGAGGAAGUGUUAUUUGGAUGUAAUAUUGGUGCCAUUAGGUUUUAUGAUAUGCAUGGGAUAUCAUGUUUGGUUAUGGCAUAAGGUUAGAACUCAACCUCUUACUACCAUUAUUGGAACCAAUUCUAAUGGAAGGCGUUUGUGGGUUUCUGCCAUCAUGAAGGAUAAUGAGAAGAAAAAUAUCUUAGCAGUUCAAACACUUCGAAACACAAUUAUGGGAGCAACCUUAAUGGCAACCACAUCAAUCCUUCUAUGUUCUGGCCUUGCAGCUGUGAUAAGCAGCACUUAUAGUGUCAAGAAACCAUUAAACGAUGCCAUUUAUGGGGCACAUGGUGAAUUCAUGGUGGCACUAAAAUAUGUGACAGUUCUACUCAUUUUCCUAUUCUCAUUCAUUUGUCACACUUUAUCCAUAAGGUUCAUUAACCAAGUGAAUUUCCUCAUCAAUUGCCCAGCAGACAAUUUGGGAACUGUGAGUCCAGAAUAUGUCUCUGAGUUAUUAGAAAAGGGGUUUUUUCUUAACACUGUGGGCAAUAGGUUGUUUUAUGCUGCUUUGCCUCUUUUGCUUUGGAUUUUUGGGCCUGUCUUAGUCUUCUUGUGUUUUAUUACUAUGGUCCCUAUGUUUUAUAAUCUUGACUUUGUGUUUUGUAACGCAAAGGGUAAAAUGGACCCUUGUGAGAAUGGUAACGGUACUGAAUGUGUAUCUGUGUAAAGACAGUGAUACUCCUACUUGACUGAGACUAUAUAUUAUCAAUAUGAAUAUUGUUGUAAUUAAUCAGUUUGAUAUA